AUGCCCGGCGCCCGGACCCUCCUCGGCCUCCUGGCCACCCUGGUGGCCGGGGGCGCCGUCGCCUUCCUGGCCUACUGUGUUUACUUUGACCGGAAGCGGCGUGGCGACCCCGCGUUCAAGCGCCACCUGCGGGACAAGAGAAGAGCGGGGCAGCCGAGGGCCCAGCCGCAGGCCGCGCAGUUGUGGGAUCCAGCAUAUCAUGAAAAACUGAAAGAACUUUUUCUGCAAGAGGUACAAAUGGGAGAAUUUUGGUUGUCGAGAGGAGAAACUCUUGUAGGAGUUGAACAUUUUGGCAAUGCCCUCUUAGUGUGUGAGCAACCACAGGAACUUCUAAAGGUUUUUCAACACACACUCCCGCCCAAGGUAUUUGAGAUGCUAUUGCACAAAAUUCCCCUUAUUUGCCAGCAAUUUGAGGCAGACAUGAAUGAACAGGAACACGAGGAUGAUCCUGAUUGA